AUUUAGUUAUUAUUUAGCAUUAUUAAAUAAGUUGUCAAGUCUCAUUGUGUUACUUUUAUCAGCUGCUUAUCGAUACACAAACGCCGGCAAACAGCUGUUAAUCAAAUUUCUGUGAUAACAAUAUAAUUAUGCUUAAAAUUUACAGAAAUACAGCAUUGGACAAAUGCCGGCAUCUGCGGGAUAUGCAACGUUGGCAACGUUGCACCCACACCAAGAGCAGCGCCAGCGAUGUCAAGUCAGAGGAGAACUUCUUCAAAUGGCAAAAGCCGUUGGGACAAUUUACGGGCAUACGCAUUUACAAUCAUCAGCUGCGUAGCAAAGUGCCGUUGGUACUGCGCAAUCCACAAAUGGUCACUUGGUAUACCUGCGGACCUACUGUCUAUGAUUCAACACAUCUGGGACAUGCCAGCACCUACGUUAAGGUGGACAUUAUACAACGCAUUUUGCGAGAUUACUUCAAGCUGAAUCUGGUGACAGCUAUGAAUAUAACCGAUGUGGAUGAUAAGAUUAUAAAACGUAGCAAGGAGUGCAAUCGCAGCAUGUUGGAGCUAACACGCGCAUAUACGUCAGAGUUUCAGCUGGAUAUGCAGCGUCUCAAUGUCAUGCCACCAGAUCUGUUGGCACAUGUGUCCAGCAACAUACUCAACAUACAGCGUUUUAUAGAACAGCUGAUAAACUCGAAGCAAGCGUAUGUGGCGCAGGAUAAGUCGGUGUACUUUGAUGUGGCCAACUGCAAAAGCUACGGCAAGCUGACCGAUGUUAGCUUGGACGAUGUGCAGCCCGAGGAGCAGCAACAGCUGCAGCAUAAACGCCAUCCCGCUGACUUUGCGCUCUGGAAGGCCAAGAAGGAGCAAUAUGAUCCCAGCUGGCUGGCACCUUGGGGCGGUGAGGGUCGUCCUGGUUGGCAUAUUGAAUGCAGCGCCAUUGCCAGCAUGUGCUUUGGCAGCAAACUAGAUUUUCAUGCAGGUGGCCUAGAUUUACGUUUUCCACAUCAUGAAAACGAGGAGGCGCAAUGCUGUGCACAUCACGAGCAGGAGCAAUGGGUCAACUACUGGCUGCAUACGGGCCAGCUGCACUUAACAGGCGAACAACAAAAGAUGUCCAAGUCUUUGGGCAAUACAAUAAGCGUUACACAAUUGCUAGAGGAUUAUUCUGCCGAUGAGUUUCGCAUGGCCUGUCUGCUGUCCAAUUAUCGCAAUGCUAUGCCUUAUAGCAAGGAGCUUAUGCAAACAGCGUGUCAGACGCUGCAAAAGUUUCACAACUUCCAGGCUGAUUUGCAAGCCUACAUGCAGUUCCUCAAGCCGCUAAAGCUGCUCGACGAGGGAGCCUUGGUGGAGCAGCUGCAGCAUAUGACAGCAGAGUUCGACAACAGUCUACGCGAUGACUUUGAUACUGCACGUGCCAUUGGCGUACUGAUGGAUCAAAUGAGCAGCAUUAGUCGCUGCAUAGAUGAUCAGCAGCCAGAUGCAGAGGAACAGCCCGCACAUUGCUUGGAUUUGCUGCUAGCAGCGGGCAAUUUUAUACAGAAAUCCAUGCGCAUCUUUGGCUUAAGUCAGCUUGGCGCUGGCAUACAAACACAAGCCGCAUCCGCAGAUAGUGAAGGCAUCAAUGCCAAUGCGCUUAUUGCUGAUAUUCUGGCGCUGCGCAGCAAACUACGUGAACAGGCAGUCAACGGAAAUUUAAAGAACAUGGCUUUGUUAGCGGCCUGUGAUGAAAUGCGUAAUCUCUUGCAGCAACAUGGCGUGAAGGUGCGCGAUCAUAAGCAGGGCAGCUCCUGGAUUUAUAAUGCCGGCAGAAAAAUUCGUGAAGCAGCCAAGAAGGUGGUUAAUUAAUCACGCAAGCUAAGUUAUUUGAGAUAUAAAGAAAUUUAUGUGCUAGGACAAAUUAUAUUUGUACAUGUGUAAUUAUAAAUUAUAAGAAACUU